AUCUAUUGAAAAAAAAAAAAAAAAAAAAAAAGAAAACCGCCGCCGCCGACCUCAGAACUAGCUCCACUUCACCGCGUCCACCCGUGAUAGUAUCGAUAUGUUCUAGCACUAAGCGUUUAAUAUCGCGCCUCUCUACUCUUUGGAUCUCCACGUUGGAAAUAUGGCAAGCACGGAAAUAGAGACAAUGGCGGCGAAACCCUCGCAGACUCCUACCCAAGGAAGGUCGGCUGUACUGGAAGCCGUACAAGACAUUGUUUAUGGAUCUACCGCUGGUAUUGUAGGGAAAUACAUUGAAUAUCCUUUCGACACAGUCAAGGUUAGGCUGCAGUCUCAACCGGACCAUCUCCCUCUUCGUUAUACUGGUCCGCUGGAUUGCUUUCGGCAGUCUAUCAAAGCCGAUGGCUUUCUAGGGCUAUAUCGUGGAAUAAGUGCGCCGCUUUUCGGAGCCGCGGCUGAGACGAGCAGUCUCUUCUUCUUCGAGCGCAUAGGGCGCGAGGUGGUAUACGCGUCGGGAUAUUUUUCGCGCGAUCGGGUGCUUCCGCUUUCGGCACUAUGGUUUACUGGCGCUUUCGCGGGAGCAUUCACAUCUUUUGUUCUUACACCAAUUGAACUUGUAAAAUGCAAGAUUCAAGUGCCCGCAACGACUAGUACAGAUGGGGCAACGCCGAGGCCCCCCCGUAUCAUGUCGGUCGUUCGAGACGUAUAUAAGCACGAGGGCAUAAAGGGCUUCUGGCAUGGUCAAAUGGGUACAUUUCUCCGAGAAUCUGGCGGCUGCGCAGCCUGGUUUGGUUCCAAAGAGACCACAACAAAAAUGUUCUAUCUCCUCAACGAGCAAUCUGCUACGUCGCAAGCAGAGAAGGAUAUCCUGGCUACAGAGGCAUUGCCGUUAUGGCAACAAGCUGUUGCUGGCGCCUCUGCCGGUAUGUCCUAUAAUUUCUUGUUCUUUCCCGCCGACACCGUCAAGUCUCGCAUGCAGACCGCACCUGUUGGCCGGUCUACCCAGCCUAAGACGUUUUGGCAGGAGGGGAAGGCAUUGUGGAAUCAACACGGACUGCGCGGACUCUAUCGUGGAUGCGGCAUUACAGUUCUGCGAUCAGCACCGAGCUCGGCGUUCAUCUUUAUCGUUUUUGAUGGCCUAAAACGGUAUCUUCCGAUGUGAAUGAUGCUUCGGAUGACAUUUUGGCCAUAUAUCGAUAUAUACCGACGUAUGAUAGAGAAGGUAUAGACAGAGCGAACGUUAGGAGCACUGGCGUUUGGGCGUUAUUAUUCAUAGUUGGUUGUCAUAGAUCUAU